AACGGACACCCAUCAUCGUCCCCACAGUCCAUAAUACUCUUUUCUCCCUCUGGUCCAUCGUUUUUUGUUUCAGUGCUGCUAAAUCAAAUCAGUCACACAGAACUAAGAGGAGAAGAGAAAGAAAGAACAACAACAAGGGAAAUUGACAGAGACAGAGACAGUUGUUGGAUGAAUGUUGUGCGAAUUUGGUGGAAGGGUUUUGGGGAUUUGCUUGUUCUGAUUCGAUUUUGCUGUGAUGGCUUCACCCUCUGUUCUGAGUCUCAGAUUUUGCUUCGAUUUCAAUUCUCGAGUAUGGUUCUUCAACUCUCUUCAUCAGUUUGUAAGUAAAUCUUCUUCUCUCUGUUUUUUCCAAUGAACUUCCUCUGAAACUUUGGGAAUCCGAUGAUUUUCUUUUCAUAGGCAGUAUUCUUCUUGUAAUCUAUUUCCCAUUCUUUCAUUCUUUCUUUUGGGGUUGGGAUUGAAUUUUAGGACACACAUUUUGCCACACACAGUGUUUCUUUUGAUUCUUCCUUUGUUUCUCAUCGGAUUCCUCUUGUUGUUGUUCUUUUUCUUUUUUAUUCUUUGUCCAUAUCAUUUUUCGGAAUUGUUCACACACUCACGUAGUUUCAUUCUUUUUAGGUCUUAAAGGGAAUUGAUUUUUUUUUUUUUUUAAAGACUUAUAAACUCUAAAAGGAAUUUAGAAAAACAGAGGGGAAAAAAAGGAAAAAUAGGUUUGUGGGGGUGUGUUGAUUUUUUUAGAAAAACGAAGCAAAAGAGUUGGAAGAAGAUAGAGGAUGUUGGCUGGGUGUUCUAGUUCAACAUUGCUCUCGCCAAGGAAUCGAUUGAGAAGUGAAGCACAGCCGCCAUUUCCAGCUUGCCAUUUGCAGUUGCCCACUUCAAUGAGCACACAGAGAUUGGAUUUGCCCUGCAGCUUUUCCCGUUCUAAAGACACCUCUGCCACCGCCCGAUCCCCGUCAAUCCGCCCGGUUGCACUCUCUGUCGAGAAGCAGAACAUCAGGCUCCCGCCGCUAUCCGCCACCAACCAGCAGAUCAAGCAAGAGUUUUGGAAAGGGAAAGGUAAGAACUUGAAGAGAAUUGCAGAGCAAGUUGGGUUUGAUGAUGAUGAUUCUUCCAUUAACAGCGCCAAAAGGAAGAGAGAAUGCAGAGACGACGCUGGAGACAGACUAUUUCUGAGCCAAUUCGGCGGUGGGGGUGGGAGUUUCUGGUUUCAUCAGCCUGAUGGGGAUGAAGAAGGACUCUGUUUUCUUCCAGGAAGUGAAGUAAUUUCGUCACCGUCGCCAUUUUUGUCUGAGAUCGCCGAUUUGGGAGAAGGAAAUGAUGGAGAAAGCAGCCAUGUGAAGGCUCAUGAAGGCUCUGGUUCGGGUUCGGGGUCGAGUUCAUCAUCAGAAAGUGAGAGAUUUGCAUUGAGAAGAAGAUUACCAACAGAGAAUGUUACAGCAGCAGCAGCAGCAACAACAUCAGUGCCAGAAAUUGGGAAUGGAAGCUCAAGAAAUCCUUCAUAUCAUCAUCAUCAAGGUUCUGGUUUAGAGAAUGAAAGGGAAGAAGAAGAAGGGUUUGAGCUGAUAAGUCUUCUAAUGGCAUGUGUAGAAGCAAUUGGAUCAAAGAACAUUGGUUUGAUUAACCAUUUGAUAGAUAAACUUGGGAGUCAAGCUUCACCAAAAGGCUCAUCACCAAUUACACGUUUGAUUGCAUAUUACACAGAAGCUUUAGCAGUUAGGGUGAGCAGAGUUUGGCCACAGGUGUUUUACAUAACGACACCGAGGGAAUAUGAUCGGAUUGAGGAUGAUACCGGGACAGCGCUACGGCUUCUAAACGAGGUGAGCCCAAUCCCGAAAUUCAUCCACUUCACUGCAAAUGAGAUGUUGCUAAGAGCAUUUGAAGGGAAAGACAGGGUUCACAUCAUAGACUUUGACAUAAAGCAAGGGCUGCAAUGGCCAAGCUUGUUCCAAAGUUUGGCAUCUAGAACAAACCCUCCAAGUCAUGUGCGAAUCACCGGGAUCGGUGAGUCGAAGCAGGAAUUGAACGAAACAGGAGAUAGGCUAGCAGGGUUCGCUGAGGCAUUGAGGCUGCCAUUCGAGUUCCAUGCCGUGGUGGACCGAUUGGAGGAUGUGAGGCUAUGGAUGCUUCAUGUCAAGGAGCAAGAAAGUGUAGGAGUGAAUUGCAUUCUCCAACUGCACAAGACAUUGUAUGAUGGCAAUGGAGGAGCAUUGAGGGACUUUUUGGGGCUUAUAAGAAGCACAAACCCAAGCAUUGUUGUCAUGGCUGAACAAGAAGCCGCUGAGCACAACGAACCGAGGUUGGAGACUCGAGUUGCAGCCACACUGAAAUAUUACGCCGCCAUAUUUGAUUCCCUCGACGCUAGUCUUCCACCCGACAGCUCAGCCCGGUUGAAAAUUGAAGACAUGUUUGGGAGGGAGAUAAGGAACAUGAUAGCAUGUGAAGGAAGGGAGAGGUAUGAAAGACAUGUUGGAUUUAAGAAAUGGAAGAAGGAUAUGGAGCAGCAAGGAGGCCUGCAAUGCAUCGGGAUUUGCGACGAUCGAGAGCUUCUUCAGACUCAAUUCCUCCUGAAAAUGUACUCAUCAGCUCAUGGAUUCAAUGUCACAAAGAUUGAAGAAGAAGAAGAAGGAGCAGCUCAAGCACUUUGUCUAACUUGGGAAGAUCAGCCACUUUACACUGUCUCAGCUUGGUCACCAGCAGAAGUUCCUGGAAGUUCAUCUUCAUUUAACCAUCCAACUUCUUGAUUAAUUUUUUCCAUUCUUUUGAUUUCAAUUGUAAUUUGUUAUACAAAAAUGAAAAUUCUUUGUAGGGUAGAAGCGAGAGUAUAGAAAUGGGUGAUUGAUUAUUCUUUCAUUCUUUUGUUGGAGAUACAAGAUUUUAUUUGUUGAGUAUUAAAACUAUAGAAGCAUAGGCAUUGUUAUUUUUUAAAGUCUACAUUUGAUUUGUUGUAAUUCUUUAAUUCUUUAUGCAAGUAUUCAUUACAAUUUCUUUCUAUGAUGUUCCUUUUGAAGGUCUUCCACUUCUUUUAUUCAA